AUGCCGUUCCUCAAGAAUGGGUCUGAGACCCCUUCCGAAUCCGAGGAAAACUUGAAUGCAUUUGAAAAGCUCGUGCAUGACCUCAGUGCGGCUCUAGGUCCGAGCUCCGGUCUUGACUCGGAUGAUGUCGAUCCCAAGAAUAUCGAACUGCUCAUGGAGAAAUACGUUUCCAACUCAGAUGAGUGGAAAGAUUGUGCUCUAGGAGAUGGCAGCAGAUCUUACACGCGAAACUUGAUCGAUGAGGGAAAUGGCAAGAGCAAUUUACUGAUUCUUGUUUGGAGCCCAGGAAAGGGAAGUGCAAUUCACGACCACGCCAAUGCACACUGUGUCAUGAAGAUUCUCAGAGGAAACCUACAGGAGACACUUUACUCCUGGCCUGAUCAAGAGAAGAUAAAGCAUGGAGAGACAUCUGCGCCAAUUAUUACUCGACAAACCGUUUAUGGAGAAAACGAUGUCACCUAUAUGUCUGACAAGCUUGGUCUUCAUAGAAUGUCAAACCCGGACCCGGUUAGCUUCGCUGUUUCGCUUCAUCUUUACACACCACCCAACGCGGCUAAAGAGGGCUUUUGCAUCUACGACGACAAAACCGGCAAAGCAAGUCACAUCAAGAAGACUCACUACUAUUCUGUUCGUGGUAAACGCCUUGACUACAGACAGCUGUAG